AUGUCUCGCAUGUGGGAAGUUGAUCCAGAGACAAGGACAAAGCUCGUCCAGAUCUCCAAAACCAACGGAAAUGACAGAUGCUGCGACUGUGGUGCCCCAUCACCACAAUGGGCAUCCCCUAAAUUCGGCACCUUCAUCUGCCUCAAUUGCGCAGGCACGCACCGCGGGCUCGGUGUACACAUCUCCUUCGUCCGCUCGAUUACCAUGGACGCCUUCAAGCACGGCGAGAUCCAGCGGAUGGAGCUCGGUGGUAACGACCCAUGGAAAGAGUUCUACGACACGCACACUGUUACCGUCUCCGAAGGCCGGACAUUCGAAGACUCAACGAUCAAGGAGCGCUAUGAAGGUGACGCCGGUGAGGAAUGGAAAGAGCGGCUGACCUGCAAGGUUGAAGGGAAGGAAUAUGUACCUGGCCAGGAGAAGAAGAAUAGCAAUGCCUCACGCUCAAGCACACCGAUGAGCGUGGGCAGCGGAGUUGGCAGUCUUAGUGGUGUGCGGAAUGGAUCGCCGGCGCCAUCGUCCAUUAAGCGGACUGAUAGUUUGAGGUCGGGAGUGCCGACCAAGAAGGAACAGAAUGAGGCAUACUUUGCGAGGAUGGGGUCUGAGAAUGCAAACCGCUCGGAAGCGCUGCCGCCGUCGCAGGCGGGAAGUUCACGGGCUUUGGGGGUGGAUUACCACCUAGUGCUGACGAUCGUCGUUCGUCGGGGUUUGGGGGCUUUGGCGGGUUUGGAGGCGGCAACCCAGCGUUUGAUGAUUUCCAGAAGGAUCCUGUCGCUUCUAUUACGAAGGGAUUUGGAUGGUUUGCGUCCGCUGUUGGGAAACAUGCCAAGACUGUCAACGAGUCGUAUCUUCAGCCCACGGCGAAGCAGGUAUCUCGCGGAAUCCGAAUUCGCAGCCCAAGCGCGUCUUCAUGCUGCAACUUUGGGCCAGAACUUACAAACCGGUGCUCGAACCGCUACAGACCAGUUCACCCGGUUUGUCGAGGGCGAGGAAUCUAGCCGAGGGCAGUACUCCCGCGUCGAGCCUGAGCGCAAAGAUUUCUGGGACGACUUCUCGUCUCUGGGGAACCAAGACCAAGCCGCCGGUGGUCACCGCCGCAGUGGCUCUCGGUCAGAUCUGAUUGGAACAACUGCCAUGCGAAAGGGCCCAGCUUCAAGCUUACUGCAGAAUUCAUCGACUGCUGCUUCGGGAGAGACUGCUCCGACGGGCUUAGACAGCGCAGAGGGCGCUGCAUCAUCUUCCGGUAAAAACAAGGACGAUUGGGACGACGACUGGUAG